CCUUUUUCUCCGCAGCAAUUUCCACCGAAGAAAUUAAGAGAAAAACCUUAAAAACUGUUCUUGUCUGUGGUUAAUCCUCGUCUGUCCUCAUGGUUAUAUCCCAUUAACUGCCCGACCCACGUUCAGGGUCCUUCAAAAUUUUGUCUUUCUUUCUCUCUUUUGUAUCAAAUUUUCCCCCACAACCAAAUUUGAAGGACCCUCCGUUUGUUUCCUUCUUCUUCUGCUUCAUCUUCAUCUUAUGUUUGUUGCUGAAAUCUUUUCAUUGCUGUGUCACUUUUAUGGAUUCUUGACCAACGUGUUCGCGAUCCAGAUCGGCUUAUCUCCGAAACCCGGUGGGUCUGCGCGAGGGAUUUUAACCGGAUCCAGGCAUGAAUUGCUGCCCCUGUUUCGCAGUACAGAAGUGCAAAGGCGAGCAUGACGACGACGCAGCUGAUGUUGCUGGAAUCAAGAAGCCUAAGCCCGGAGGCGAAUCCAGAAACAAGGAGGAAGUCAAGCAUGGAAAUAUUACGGCCCAGAAUUUCACUUUCCGCGAGUUAGCCUCGGCCACAAAGAAUUUCCGACAAGAGUGCUUGUUGGGUGAAGGAGGAUUUGGUCGAGUAUACAAAGGAACCCUCCAGGGGACCGGGCAGGUGGUUGCUGUCAAGCAACUCGACAGGCAUGGACUACAAGGAAACAAGGAGUUCCUCGUUGAAGUCCUCAUGUUGAGUCUCUUGCACCAUGAAAAUCUUGUCAAUCUCAUGGGGUAUUGUGCUGAUGGAGAUCAAAGACUUCUCGUGUAUGAGUUCAUGCCUGGAGGUUCUCUAGAAGAUCACCUGUUCGUUUGUACCACAGACAUUGGACCGCAGCAGAAACCUCUGGAUUGGCUCACCAGAAUGAAAAUUGCAUUUGGUGCUGCACAGGGUCUUGAGUAUCUGCAUGAUAAAGCCAAUCCACCCGUUAUAUACCGCGACUUGAAGUCCUCGAACAUCUUGUUGGACGAGGCUUUCAACCCGAAAUUAUCCGACUUUGGGCUGGCCAAGCUCGGGCCUGCUGGAGACAAGAUGCAUGUCUCAUCCAGGGUUAUGGGCACUUAUGGCUAUUGUGCUCCGGAAUAUGCAAGAACGGGCGAACUUACACUGAAGUCCGACGUGUUUAGUUUUGGAGUUGUGCUACUAGAACUCAUCACCGGACGGAGAGCAAUUGACACAACAAAACCUACUGAUGAGCAAAAUCUAGUUGCCUGGGCCCAGCCUAAAUUCAGGGACCCGAGAUCGUAUCCGGAUAUGGCUGAUCCUUUACUCGAACGUAGAUUUCCUGAAAAAGCAUUAAAUCAAGCUGUUGCCAUUGUAGCCAUGUGUCUGCAAGAAGAAGCCUCGGUCCGCCCACUAAUGAGCGACGUUGUUACUACUCUAAGCUUCCUGUUAGUGGCUCCACCUGACACCGUGGCUGCUCCUCCUCCAGAGCCCCACAAACGUUCCCAGGAAGCAAAUAGUAGCGAAAGCGACAGCGAAAGUGAUGAAGAGAAAGGCGACACGGAGAAUACUUCUAGGGAACAUCAGAAUCACGGUGAUGAAGACAGCACAAAUAAGCAGGACACAAAGGUUGAUGAAGGUCACAAACAUGACCAGGACACAGGAGAGAAUGAUGAGGAUAUUAAAAGCAACGAUAAGGGAUCUGAUUCGGAUUCAAGCAGCAAGAGUAGCAUGUCGAGGAAUGGAAGUGGUGCGUUCAGGGACAGAAGCAGUUGGUUCUUGCAUGAGGGAAGCAUUUAUUAUUCACACAAAUUGAGCGUAAGUUUGUCCAAUGGGAGCGUGUCUUCAGUCCCCGAGAUGAGCAAAGACAGCGGAAAAUAUUCCUUGAGCCAUAAGAGCAGCAAGAGAUCGUUUGACGGAGUCGAUCUUUCGAGUCCAAAAGGAAGCGGCAGAUACAGCAAAACAGGGUCAUUAGAUCAUGCUGCCUCUUUGGGGGGCGAUGACAAGGGUCGUUCACAUGAUGGGAGCUACAGAAUCGAUCUUUCGAGUCCAAAAGGAAGCAGCAGAUAAAGCAAAACAGGGUCACUGGAUCAUGCUGCAUAUAUUGAGGACGAGAGCCACACUCUAUCCAGAGACGAUACCCUUUCCUCAAAACGAGACAGCAGUGAGGGAUCCCUAGAUGAUGUCGAUUCGAUUCAUUCCAAGCAAUCGAGCGACGAGCAUGUCCACUCAUGAUCAUAAGUUCCCGUCACUUGGUUUCUCUUUAUUUUACAUACAGGAGUUUAAAUUCUUCUCUCUUAAUUCAACUGUGACUGUCCAACAUGGAUACAAUCUGGUCGCCACUGAAGAGGACAUACAUUUGAUAUUUACGUGGGUUCAAUCAAUCAAGUUCUUUCUCACUCUA